AUGACAUUUACAGCGGACCCAUCUCUUCUAGAUGACGAGGUUCGGCUUUCCUUGGCAUCUUCAUACCACGAGAUUCUCACACAGCAUUCCACAAGGCCCGAACUUCUGCAGCCUUUCAUUGAUUUACUUCGUGGAGGCUCAGCUGAGGUCGUCGGGAAGUUGACGUUCAAUAUGGACAAAAUCCUUCCCAUACUGUAUAAAUGCGCAUCGUCAUCCGAUGGGACUAUUAAAGUGUCGACCAUUCAACUUGAUCGCAUUCUUAUCGGAUGUAACCAAAUACUUCGUGGAACAGGAUCUUGGAGAAGUCAUGCUGCACUCUUGGAAAAUAUGAGCGUUCUGAAGAAUUGCCUAACAUACACACAGCUUGCUGACACGUUCAUACCUGUGCUACAAAAAGAAGUUCUAACAGCGGCAGCAUGUGAACUAUCAAGGACAGAGACCAGGUCCAAAGGCGACAAAGAAGAUACAGCUCGGGAGAAAGAGGAGGAACGAUUGUGGAAUGAAGAAAGAUUGAAGGCAAAGGUCACAACAACGAAACAAGCAAUCAGCCCGAAAAAUUCUGUGAGAAGUGGGCUUACCUUGCCAAGGGCGCCUGAAUAUCGCGCCAAAUCACCAUGGAGAACUCAGCGCCGUGCCGUAGCUGUUGUUCGUCCACAACCAGUAGUCGUUAUGAGAUCGGGCAGUCCAGCACCGAAGCCUGACAGCAGCAGACCUAGUCGUCUUCCGUUAAGUACUGCAUUACGGGAAAAGGAAAAAGAAACGCUGAAAAAAGGUAGUCAACUUAUUUUUUAG